UGAGGGAAGUCUCUCCUGCUCUCCCCAACCUUUCCUGGCUGAAACCUGUUCCAAUUUCACCCUGUAAAUACCUGAUAUGACCAGAUGAACUGGGAGGGGCCAGCAAGCCCUUCAUGGUUUCAGGGGGGUGGAGGUAAACAGAAAAACAGUAUAUAAGAUGCUUAGAGACAGACUUCCAAAGUGCAUAGACUCUGACAGGAGGUGUCUGAAAAAAAAAAAAGGAGCCACUUCCUCAGGCUCCACCUUCAGAGCCUCACUUCAUUGGAAGCAAGGAAGGUACCAGGCUGCUGCAGGAAAUUUUACACCUACCCCAGCUGCAUUCAGCCUCCUGCAGUCAGCUGGAAGGUUUCUGUCGCUGUAAGCAAAAAUGCCAGCAAGACCCAGGGCUCAGCUGGCGUGGCUCUGCAUUGUCACUGUGUCUGUGGUGAUUUCCCCAGCCCUGCUGCACAAACCUCCCAAGAGGAGGAUGAGCAAUGGGAAUGCACAGCUGAAGAUGCCAGGCUGCUGCGAGGAGAUCAAGGAGCUCAAGCUGCAGGUAGCCAACCUGAGCAGGAUGCUGCAGGAGCUGAGCAAGAAGCAGGAAGGGGACUGGGUGAACGUGGUGAUGCAGGUGAUGGAGCUGGAAGGCAGCACCAAGCAGAUGGAGUCGCGCCUGGUCGACGCCGAGAGCAAAUACUCCCAAAUGAACAACCAGAUUGACAUCAUGCAGCUGCAGGCAGCUCAGAUGGUCACACAAACAUCAGCUGUAGAUGCUGUUUAUGACUGCUCAUCACUUUACCAGAGGAACUACAGAAUUUCUGGUGUUUACAAGUUACCUCCUGAUGAAUUUUUGGGAAUUCCAGAUCUGGAGGUGUUCUGUGACAUGGAGACAGAUGGAGGAGGCUGGACUGUCAUCCAAAGGCGCAAAGUUGGUUUGACAUCGUUCAACAGGGACUGGAAACAGUACAAGGAAGGAUUUGGCAAUAUUAGGGGAGAUUUUUGGCUGGGAAAUGAAAAUAUCUACAGACUUUCAAGACGCCCCACUGUCCUGCGAGUAGAGCUGGAGGUGGAUAUUGGUACAACUGCUGCACAGAUUCCAACCUGAAUGGGGUUUACUACCGCAGAGGAGAGCACACCAAGAACAUGGAUGGCAUCACCUGGUACGGGUGGCACGGCUCCACCUAUUCCCUCAAGAGAGUGGAGAUGAAGAUCAGGCCAGAGGAUUUCAAACCAUAGAAGAAAUCAGUGUUUGAUUGUACAGCUCCAUGACUUCACCAUGCAAAAGGUGGGCAACAAACAGCCAAAUGAUGUUUUAUUUCAUCCAAUACGUGCAACAGCUAUGUACUGGUGAUGUACACAAACACUGUGACAUCAGUCACAGCCACCAGUACUACCAGGACUCAGGCUUGUUUCCUCCUCUUCAGGCUCUUUCCAAAGGGAAAAACAUUGUGUUAGAGUAGCUUAGAACUGAAUGCACUUCUAGCACCUUCAGAAAAGCCAUGGGUGUGUUUUCACUAGCAGUGUGAUUGCUGGGUUGCCUUAGUACUAUUAACCAGAUAGGCAGGGACUGAAAAGCAAAAGCCUCUUGGCUUCCUUUCCUUCAGUGUCUGGAGCAAGCACUGCUAAGCAACUUCCUUCAAGAAGUACUCAAACCACAAAAGUUAUAGACUCAUUUCAAGCCAGAGGAAUCAAUCAGAAGUGCCCCUGAUGCACUUUUCUUUAGUAAGUGGCUUACUUUCCUACAGAAGAACAAACAAAGCUCAAAAAUGUUGGGUUAAUUUGCAUUGUCCAGAUUCUCUCCUGACCUUUUACUGCCACCUCCUGCUGCUGCCUCAAAUAAUCCCCACUGAAGGCUGCCCUGAAAAACAGUAACACUGGAGGAGGAUUUGUCCCAUGGGCCCUCCAAUGUUUAUUUCUAUCCACACAGAUCACCUAAAUGCUGAUAAACUAGAAAAACAACUUCCUGGGCUGUUCCCAACCUGUGUUCAGGUUAGAAUACAAACUUGCUGUAUAUCAGUGAGGCUGAGAGUGAGCAGCAGCUUAGCAAGCCAAAAAACUCAACUCCAACACUAAAAACCACUGUACCCAUGAGCAGAACACCAGUACACACCAGAGAAUCCCCAAGUGCCAAAAGUUAUUUCACUGUAAGGGAAUGUUUGCUAAUACAGCAGAUUGAGGAGUAUCAAAAUCUGUUUCAGCUUCCCAGGUGGAAGUUACCUAGAGAUAAUCUGUCAAAAACAGUAAACUUCUCCCUCAGAUAACAUAGUGUUAAAGAUAACAGUUAAAAAAGAAUGAGACUCCUCCUACAGCCCUACCAUUGUUUGAGUGUGUUGGAAAAUUACCAUUAUAAUUAAGAUAUCUAUUUUUAUUCACCUUGAAGAGAGUUUGAAUCUAGAUUAGGUUGUUCAGUCCUGUGUGAAAUGGAAGAGAAAGAUGUCUUGGGAAUUUACAUAUGUUUGAAUAUUCAUAAUGCAAUUUUCAACUGUGUGGAACUAUAAUUGGAACUAUUUUAACUGUGGUCUAGAAUGGAUUUUUAAAGGUUUCUAAAACUUUUUUCAUUUCCAAUAAAUUGUUUCAUUUUUAA